AUGUUUAUAUAUCCAUCGAUUAUUACAAAAGGUACUGUUAUUUAUACAAUAUUUUACUUUACGACAAAAAUAAUAUAUUCGAAUGUCUAAUUCAAGGAAGCUUCAAAAAAAGUUUAGCAAUAGAAAAUAGAAUCUGUCUAAAAAGUUCGUCCUUCAAGUGCUUAGUAGCAAGAGAAGUUCAAACCUUCGUGGAAUGAUAAGGUUGAAUCUAAUCCAAAACAAUUUGAUAAUUUGAAGAAGAAUGAAAUAUUCAAAAUUGAAAAUAAAUUGCAAAAAGAAAAAUUGAAAGAGAAAAGGAGAAUAAAAAAGAUAAUUAGAAAAUCCACCUCCUGCUGCAGUUAAAUCAUAUACAACUAUAAAAGAUAUUGA